AGACGCAAGCCGUGGGAAGGACCGAGAGGCCGGCUUCCUGGCUCCGGGGAGCGGAGAGGGCGGGCUUGGGUGCUGCUUGUGGGCUCACUAGCAAGGAUGGGAGACGGGGAUCCUUAUGGGGCGGCAAGGUUGGGGGCGAAGAGCGCAACCGGCGGCGCGGGAUGCUCUUGAGCCACCACUGCCUGCGUUUGCCGCGUCGAAACCCGCGUUGGGUCCGUGGGAAGGAGCCCAGGAGGAUGGAGGCUGCGGUUUAGAUCUCACUCUGGCUUCUUGCUGUCACCCAAUUACGUGCUGGGCGGCAGCGCUGGGCCUAGGCGAGACCGUUUCCCCCUCUCCCUCCCGGUCUGAUUCUCCGCUCUUCAUCCUCCAGGUGCAGACAUGGCCAAGUCCAAGAACCACACCACGCACAACCAGUCUCGAAAAUGGCACAGAAAUGGCAUUAAGAAACCUCGGUCACAGCGAUAUGAGUCUCUUAAAGGGGUGGACCCCAAAUUCCUGAGGAACAUGCGUUUUGCCAAAAAGCACAACAAGAAGGGCCUGAAGAAGAUGCAGGCCAAUAAUGCUAAGGCCAUGAGCGCCCGUGCCGAGGCCAUCAAGGCCCUGGUGAAGCCCAAGCAGCCUAGGCCCGUGGUCACAAAGAAGAACAGUCGCAAGCUCAGUCGACUUGCGUAUAUCGCUCACCCCAGGCUUGGGAAAAAUGCUCGUGCCCGCAUUGCCAAGGGUCUCAGGCUUUGCCGGCCAAAAACCAAGGUUGAAACCAAGGAUCCAACCAAGGCUAAAACCAAGGUUCAAAUGAAGGCUAAAGCCAAGGCUCAAAUGAAGGCUAAAGCCAAGCCCCAGAGUAAGACCCAGACGGCUGCAGCUCCAGCACCAGCUCAAGCUUCCAAAGGUGCCCAGGCCCCUGCCAAGGCUCCCUAAGAGGCUGCUGUCAGUGUGAGCGUGGAAGGACUGGUGCGAUCUCUGGGCUGUCUCCAGUCUGGGUCCUCCUGUUCUAUUUGUACAAAUAAACCUGAGAGCAGGA